UAGAAUGAGCUUCGGCUACCCAAAAGUGUUUCUGAGCUACUGCAUGCACUCGUCAGGCCUCCCCGCUAAGCAGCUGAGUGAGAUAUUGCGCAAUACAGGUAUCUCCACAUUCAACGGCGAUGAAAUGGCUAAUUUGAAUAGAAGAACAAAUACCAUUGUAGAAAAUUGUGAGGUGAUGGUAAUAUUCCUGGACGAGGAAUGGAGCAGGAGCGUUGCGAAGGAAAUUGAGUGCAUUUCUGUCACCACAAGACACAACAAAUCGAAUUGGCCCAAAAUUCUGCCGAUUGUCAUCGGAGGUUUUGGUUGGAUCAACCCUCAACGCGACCUUGUAGCCUUUAGUAUGAUGAGUAGAUUCCAAUGUUUGACACUUAAAGAUGAUGCUUCAACUUGGCCAGAAGUGCUUGAGGAUAUAGCAUUCAGAUGUCGUCAAUGGAUAGAAGUUUCUGCGACCGAAAGCGACACUGGACCGAUAACCAAAAAGUUGGAGAACGGCAGAACUUCCACAGCAGAACAAGAUGGACAAAACAUCAAUUCAGGGAUGAAUGUCAAUGUAGAACCUUCUGCAAACGAUUCGAACUCCAUUAUGAUCAGCUACUGCCAUGAGCAGAAGCAUGUAGUACAGAAACUUCUGAAAGAACUCCGGAGAAGUGGAGUUAAAAAUAUUUGGAUAGAUGCAGAAAAUAUGCAUAAAGGCAAGGGAAUUAUCGAAACGAUGACAGAAGCAGUGAAUUCAGCAAAACUGCUUAUAUGCUGCAUUUCUAACGAUUAUAAAGACAGUAGAAAUUGCAUGAAGGAACUGAAGUAUGCAACGACGUUAAAUAAAACAAUCGUUCCAGUUGUUGUUGAGAAAAACUUCGUACCUGAAGGCGUCCUGCUCAUGUGCAUUGAAGACAGUUUUCGAUUUGAUUUAUCAACUGACGAUACAUUUGGUCCCCAAUAUCAAAAGUUGCUGGAGGCGUUGGCAGACUUGUAAUUUACCAGAUUGAAACAGUCGCUUAGCCAUUUACUAUUCAUUUUGCCACAGACCAUUAAAUACAACUUCCUUCUAUUUCAACUUGUUCUUUUUUUAGAUUUUGUACUAAUCAAGCAUAUAUUGUAGAUCGACCACCAGAUUAACACUUGCAAGUAUGUACCACUAUUAAAGGAAAUUGAAUUCAUGAAAAUAUAACGCUUUUGACAA